AGCUUUAUCUAGCAAAACAGAGAGAGAGAGAGAGAGAUGGGUUGGGAGGAUUGCAAUGGAGCUUGUGGUUUCUUCACAAAACUAUGCAAAUCAUGGAAAAAGAUGGAGAGAGGCAUAGAUGAUGGUGUUUCAAAGAGCAGAGUUGGGAAGUUGUUCAAGUUGGAGGCAAGGAAAAGCUGUUUUUCAAAGGAGGUUCGUGCCGGCACCGCCACUUUUCUCACCAUGGCCUAUAUAAUCACCGUCAAUGCCACCAUCCUCGCCGACUCCGGCGCCACCUGCUCGCUCUCCGAUUGUACUUUUCCGGCCAACCAAACCCAUGCAACCCCGGACUGCAAGUUCAAAGCUAAUGAAGGCUAUGAGAGGUGCCUUGCAGGAGUGAGGAGUGAUCUCAUUGUUGCUACUGCUGUGGCGGCUCUAGUUGGGUCAGUGGGUAUGGGCCUUCUUGCAAAUCUUCCUUUGGGUCUGGCCCCUGGGAUGGGCCCAAAUGCCUACAUAGCUUAUAACUUAGUGGGCUUUCAUGGGUCUGGAAAACUCUCAUAUCAAACCGUCAUGGCUAUUGUCAUGAUUGAGGGGAUUGCGUUUCUGGCUAUUGCUGUGGUUGGGCUUCGGGCCAAGCUGGCCCGGCUCAUACCUACCUCAGUACGGAUUGCUUGUGCAGCUGGAAUAGGACUUUUCAUUUCAUUUGUAGGAUUGCAAGCCCAGCAAGGUGUGGGCCUGGUGGGCCCGGAUCCCUCCACGCUCCUCGGCUUGGCUGCCUGCCGUUACACUGAUCCGGUGACCGGAGCUUGCUCCGGCGGGCAAAUGCGAAGCCCAACUUUCUGGUUGGGCUUUGUGGGCUUCAUCAUUAUGUGCUAUGGCGUAAUGAAGAAUGUGAAGGGCAGCAUGAUAUAUGGUAUGCUUUUUGUGACAUUAAUUUCAUGGGUUAGGGGCACAUCUGUCACAAUAUUUCCCAAUAGUCCAUUAGGUGACACAAAAUAUGAGUACUUCAAAAGAGUGGUGGACUUUCACAAAAUUGAGUCCACUGCUGGUGUAAUUAGCUUCACUCACUUCACCUCAAGUAGGGUAUGGGUGGCAUUGGUGACACUACUAUACCUAGAAGUGUUGGCCACAACAGGGACACUCUAUAGCAUGGCAGAAAUUGGAGGGUUCCUCAACGAUAAGGAGGGAUUUGAAGGCGAGUACACGGCUUACAUGGUGGAUGCUGCCUCCACGGUGGUGGCAUCCGCCCUAGGGACUUCCCCGGUGGCGGUGUACAUCGAAUCCUCUGCUGGAAUACGAGAGGGAGGUCGGACCGGAUUAACAGCCAUCGUGAUCGGGCUCUACUUCACCCUCUCAUUGUUCUUCACACCAUUGCUUGCAAGUGUGCCACCAUGGGCAAUAGGGCCAUCUCUAGUGAUGGUUGGGGUGUUUAUGAUGAAAGUGGUGAAAGACAUCAAUUGGGAGAAUACCAAAGAGGCAGUGCCAGCAUUUGUGACCAUCAUCUUAAUGCCAUUGACAUACUCAAUUGCAUAUGGCAUAAUUGGUGGGAUUGGAAUGCACAUUGCCCUGAGCUUGUAUGAUUGGAUCAAAGAGUUGGUGAAGUGGACGGCCAGGAUGAAGAGAAUGGUGGCCAAGGAGCAAAAUCAAGUGUCAGCAACAAAUGUUGUUGAACAUAAUAUUGAGAUUAUUUGAGUGUGGAAUUUAGGACUUUGUCUGUUUUUUUUUUUUUUUUUUUUUUUUUUUAAUAUAUGUGCACAGGCCACCGUGAAAGAUCAGUUUUCAAUUAUCUCAUCAGGAAAAAGUAGGCAAAAGA